UCAUGGGCUGAAACUAUAUAGCUAAGAUCCUGCACCAGAAGACAUGGUACGUCUCCCAUUUGCCCUCCCUUAAACCUCACCUUCUUCAGGCUGCUUCACCAUAGCCUGACAUGGACAUGUAGCAGCUACUAUAGAGUGGGGCUGGCUGGUGGCUAAGAAGCCUCUGGAUACAUUGCAAAUGGCAUCAUCCCUUGGGACCACAUGGAAGAAGUCCAGCAACCUCUCUAGAGCCGUAUGAUUCUCACCCCUUCUUAAAGUUCUCCCUUUUAAGAAGUGUUCUGGGAUUAAGCAGAACUGAAAAGGAAAUAUUUAUUUCAUUUUUAAUUUUUGUCGUUGAAGAUAACUGCCUCACAUUUCUGCAAAGGAGGCGUGCGCCACUAUCUAGUUUAUCUUUGCAAUGUGAUCACUAGUGCCUCUUCCUUUCCUAAAUACAGCUUGGACCUCUGGGAUUUUAAAUUCCACCUAUGGCAGGAGUCUUUGCGGCAGAAUUUUGAGCAUGACUUGGCUUGCAUGGGAGAUUAGUGUGAUGGUUCUGUAACCAAUUCAAUCUUUUAUGUCUUCUUUUUUACCGAUGGGGAUAUAUAUUGGUCACUUGCAAUCUGUGGGCCACUGUCUUGUUUUCCUUAUUUGUUGGCAGAUUUCAUUGAGAACUGAUCUUGAUUCUGUCUCUGUGGAUUGUAGCAGUUCUAUUGGGAUUGUAGCAGUUCUAUUGGGAUUGUAGCAGUUCUAUUGGGAUGUUCUAUUGGGAACACAACAGAUAAUAUCCAGAUUGUAACUAAGAAUUAAAGUUAAAAUCUUUUGCUGAUGAUUUGGUUAUAAUUAACAUAUUUAACACUAACAAGGAAAGAGGUAACCUACUGCAGAAACUAAAAGAAUAUGGUGAAUUUUCUGGACUUAAAAUAAAUACAGAUACAUCUAAAAUUCUAACAAAAAAUAUGAAUGUACUACAAAAUUAAGAAUUAGUGCAUAUAAUGUAUGUAAAUAUGGUUAUAUAAAUAGAGUAAAUUACCUAUUAAUUAUUAUCUCUUUGAAAAAUCAACAAUUAUUUGAGAAUAACUAAUUGAAGGAAUGUUAAUAUAUAUGUUAGUAUAUUUUAUGUUUUUUGUGUAUAUGUAUUAGAAACGUUAAUAAAAAUUCUUAAAUUGUAAAAAGUAUUAAAAUGGUCACUGUUCCAAUUGAAGGUUGCAAGGCACACAGCAAAAGGAACAGCAACAGACAUGGACGCUUAUUGCAUAUGACUACCUUCAAUGGGACAGACAUGUGAUUUACCCAGCAAUGAUGGAUCUUACCACAUUCCCCAUAGGUAGCUUGUAGGCAGCCCAGGUUUAUCCAGUAGCUUUGCAAGAAUGGGAUUUUCCUGUUCUUGAAAAGCUAUGGGAUAAACCUGGGUUCCAGAAUUCCCUAGCAUUGAGCCAAGGCAGUUAAAGCAGUCUCAAAUUGGAUUAUUUCUGCAGUGUGUUUUGGACCAAGGUUAGCCUGGCAUGACUUGUUUUUGAGAAACAAAAUGAUAUGAAGUGCUGCUUCUUUUUUUUUUUUAUAAAUCUCAACAUGAUUUUGGACCAAACACAGCACCUUAUAAUAUGGCACGAUCCCCUCUGAUGUGCUGCCAGCGUCAGAAUCCCUUUAGACACAUGCUAAAAGAGACUGCAUAAUUUUUUCUGGCACAAACAACAUGCUGCUUAUUAUUAUGCAUUGCAGUGAAUCUCUGAAAAAAGUGUGCGGGAAGUAAAUAUAAUGAACCCUCAUUACUUUUUCAAAUGACACGACAACAUGAAGCGAUGACAGGCUGUGGAGGACAGGCAGUUAGACAAAGUUAUGUAACAUAAAGCAGAGAAAGAGAUGUGUCAUGUGCAAUAGCCAAAAAAGCCAGUUUAGCAGACAGAAGCAGAUGCCAUAGGCACCCAUGAUGCAGUGGGAAAAGGCCUCUGAUGGCUGGCUUUCCAGUGGGCUGGUACUGAGGAGGAGUAGAAGCCACCCUGAGUCUUGAACAUAGUCUGUACAACUAGCCAAAGGCUGACACAGCUGAUAGCCAGCAGCUACUCAGAAAGCCCAGUCACAGAGUAGCUUACAGUUCAGCCCUUACAUUAUUUUAGUAAAUACAACUUGCCAUUCUGGUUGUGUGACAUGUCAGUAACAUCCGAUAAGAACUUUCAUUUCUAUGAGGCAGAAAACAGGUUCGUCCCUAACUGCUGACUUUCUUUUUCGUAAUGCCGCUUUCUGUCUUGAAAACAAUUGCCUUUUUAAGAAGCAGCUUGGCUGUCUUUUCAUUUUAUUAAAACUAAGACAUAUUUCGGGUAUUAUUGGCAAAUGAACAGGGCAGCGUCUAAUAAGGGACUGCUGGUUGACUUUCUAUCAUGCUAGUACUUUACUGCAUUGCUAUUAUUUAUCAUACAGUGCAGAUUAAAACAGGUAAAAUAAAGCAGGUGAGUACCCAGAAGACAGCCAGCCUAUGGGUCCGAUUAAAUGGCUUCAUAUUCUUUUACUAGAUUUAGCCUUCCCAUUAUAAGUCUCCUUGGCAUGUUCAAUAGCACCUUCUUUUCUGUAGGGCGCUAUCCAACUUACUGUCAAAAAUGGUAUUAGAGUCGCCUCUCAGCAGUACAGUUUCUUCUACAAGCUGUGUUACCCCUUUCCCCUAGAUACCCCCUUAAUAAUACUUCAUUUGUGACAUCUUCCAGUUUAGAUAAUGUACCCUGUUAAGGCUAAUAGCUAUUGAGUGAGUGGAUCCAGUGCCUUUUCCACGCCUGUUUCAUCGUCAAAGGAUUGUUUCAGAUUGCAUCAAUGCAGUGACACCUUGGAGCUAAAGAUCAUUACUUUUUCUAGAACAGCUAAGAAUACCUUUUAAGUUACAUAAGACUGUAUGAGUUUGUUAAUAAUACCCUAGCUUGCCUUUCUUGCCUGUUUCCCUUGCUUAAGAGAUGGUAAUCAUUACCAAUUGCAACAGGCAUUUAUUCACCUCCCUCUUAGGAGUUAGUUACAAGCCAUUUCACGCCGUGUAGCCUUUAUGGUGUAGACAUCUUGUAUCACUGAAACGUAAGUAGUCUGAAUGAUAAAUUGUUGUAAUUGUCCAGUGUGUUUAUAUUAUCGACAUGAUGUGCAUGCACAAAUGUUUAUAUUUUGACAAGGAUGUAGCUGAAGAAGUCACAGAAACGGAGACUAGAAAUUCUUGGGGUUUCGCAUUCCAACUACUCUCUAUCCUUGGAUUAUAUGCAUUAAUUGUUGCUGACAUGGGAAGUCCAGCAUGAUUUUGUGCUGUGGAAAGGGUGCCUUUGCUGCCAUGUUGGCUUUUCUUCAGGGGUGCUUCAGCACAGCAUGUAUAAAUGCUGUGCCACCAAAAUGCCAUGGAUCUGCCACACAUGCAAUUGGCAGUGCAGCUUUCUGGCAGACUGGGGGCAUGCUGCCGUCUGAACAUCAUGCCCCCAGUCCGCCUGGAAGUUGGCUCUUUUUGACCAUCAGUUUCAUCCCUAAGUUUGUUGAAGGUAUGAGUAUGUGGAAAUGAAGCUAUGAGUAAGUAGGGAAAUGUUUAGAAUAAUACAGAAGGAACAAAGAAAGAAUAGGCAAUGGGAGAAGGCUUAAGCUGAGGAAGACACAGGAAGUGAGUGGGAAAGAAAGGUGGAAGGUAUAAAAUGUAGAUAUAUAGGUAUGGAAGAUAUUCGAAUGAGGAAUGAAAAUGAAAUGAAAGAGGCUUCAGUGGAGAUUCUAUAUAUUUUUAUAUGAAUAUAUAAAACAUUAGAGAAGCCUUAAGGAUAUUUCAUACUAACAUAUAUUUUUGUCAUUUAAAUACGUCUAUCUAUCUAUCUAUCUAUCUAUCUAUCUAUCUAUCUAUCUAGGUUCUCAAUGACCCCAGAAUUAUACAUAACUUACAAGGGAAUCCUUUUUCCUUCAAUGAGAAGCACAGUGGAAACACUGAACUAUGUGGAAAAUGAAUUCCAGCUGCUGGAUGAAGAUAUACUGCUUGUCACUUACCCCAAGUCAGGUACCGUUUGGAUGCUAGAGAUCUUGGGCUUGAUCCAACACAGUGGGGACCCCUCAUGGGUUCACAGCACAGUGGUUUGGGAGCGGGCGCCAUGGAUUAACACUAAUCUCGGUCUGGAACUAGCCUUGAAAUAUCCUCCACCCCGUCUUCUAACAACUCACCUGCCAUUUCAGAUUUCACCCAAGUCCUUACUCCAUUCUGAGGCCAAGGUUAUCUACACCCUGCGCAAUCCUAAGGAUGUGUUGAUCUCAUAUUACCACUUUGCUAAGUUGUAUGAUGGAUUGAAGGAUCCUGGAACUGUGGAAGAAUUUCUGGAGGAGUUUCUGAGUGGAAAUGUACCCAUUGGUUCCUGGUUUGACCAUGUGAAAGGCUGGCUGGAAAUGAAGGACAGGUCCAACUUCUUCUUCAUCACAUAUGAAGAGUUACAGAAGGACCUGCGAGGCAGUGUGGAAAAGAUCUGCCACUUCCUCGGUAAAGAAAUCAACAGACAGCAAAUAGAUGCUGUAGUGGAAAACGCCUCCUUCCAGAAGAUGAAGGAUAACAAAAUGUCCAACUUUUCCAACCUUCCAGAUGCACAUUUCAACCAUAAAGAAGGAAAGUUCAUGAGGAAAGGGAUCUGUGAGGACUGGAAAAACCACUUGACAGUAAAACAGAGCAAGCAUUUUGACUGUGUUUAUCAGGAAAAAAUGAAGGAUGUGAAUGUAGCCUUCCCAUGGGGCUGAAGAAUACCAAUUGUUCUGGCUACUUCUCUCUGUAUGUGCAUUAUAUGACUCAAAUGGUUCAAAUUUCUUCCACUGAAAAGGUUCUAUUGCCCAGCAUAGAGGAGGCUCCCUUAUCUUGAGUUAGCCCAGAGAUCCAACUUACUCAGUACUACUCACACCUCAGCCUUUUGGGACAGCUGGGUUGUUUGGGAUUCUGAAAGGAGUACUCUCACAAGAUGGCUUCAAUGAUAGCCUGUCCAGUUAGAAAAUAGUCAUUUCCCAGAGAACAAACUGCCAAGGUUAAAAGAAACAUUGCCAAGGACUCUUCAGCUCUUUCUCAAUUUUCUUUAAUGGCAUCGUUCAGCUGUUAUGAGGAGUGCUACUUUUAACAGGGUGCUGGAAUGCAAAUGUACACGCAACAACAACAAUGCCCUCUAGAAUACAAAGUAGAGGUCAGAGAUGGAGUUUCAAAACAGAAAAUCAAUAUUUCCAAUCCAGAGCUUGUUUUCAAAAUUUCACAGAAGCCAAACUAAGGCUUAGAAACAAGUUAAAUCAUAAAGUAAACCAGUUGAAAGCAAAAGUGAGGUUUGAGCCCCAAAUACUAAAUCCCAUGUUGGUCAAAGAAGAACAAAAUAUCAAUUUCACAAAGGGUAAGUGAUCAUGCUUAGAGAGAUGCACAGAAGUAAACAAGAACAACUAUAUUAGCACAGACCAAAAGUGUAUAAGCUCACACUGCAACUAUACUGAAGCCAGUAAAUCCACCUCUACAGUAGAGAGGUUCUCAUAAUUGUAAUUAAGUGAAAAUAUUCACUUAGAGUUAGUUUCAACAAUCAACAGCAUGGUACUCAUAUAAUCUGUGUUAGUUAGUCCAUGGGGUUGUCCGCACAGGCCAAAUAGACCUGUUUUCCCCUGGACUCAUGUUAUCUAUUACAGAUGUCACAGGCCAAAACCCCAGGGGCAGGAUUGGGCCUGAUCUUGCCUAUCCCGAUGUGGAUUCAGAGGAUCCAGCCUGAUCCUGGGGUAAAGAGCAUUUACUCCCAGGGUAAAAUAGACAGUUUCUAACAAAUCCCUUAGCAAAACUGGGCUGUUCAGAUGCCCUCCCCAUGCUCCUUCCCUUUCUGGCUGUCAAUCUGGAUGAAAACUCCCCCAGUCCCUGCAUCUGAUGCAGAAAUGGGGUCCCUGGCCAUGUGGGUGCAGCCAGGCGCUUUCUUUUAAUGUCAGAUGUGGUGACUGGGGGCUUCUUAGUAAGACUGAUGGCCAUCAAGGUAUGGAAUGGUGUGCCAGGGUUGGCAUGGGUAUGUGUAUGUGAAUACCCACCCAUCAGCUCACUGAACCAAGGGCCAACCAAGCAACCAUGCUUUCUGGGCCCAUCUGCUCAGGCCCCAGGUUGCUGAAAUGUAACAGAAAAUGAUACACUUCAUAGUUGGAAUAGCAGUCCCUAGCAGUCUCACUGCUCUCCAAUAGCAUCUCUAAUACACUGAACUACCCAAUGCUAUUCCGUCAGAUAUUAUAAUAUAGAUUUCAUUUCAUGGCUGAGAAGCAUUGGCAAAGUCAACACAGCAGAGGGCAGCGUCACAAAAACAUUCAAAUUUGCACCAUAGGCCCCAAUGUCUUUGCCUUCAAGUCAUUUCCAACUUAUAGCAACCCUAAGUCAACCUAUCCCAAGUUUUUCUUGGCAAGAUUUGUUCAGAGGAGGUUUUCUUUGCCUUUCUGGGCUUGAGAGAGUGUGAGUGACCCAAGGGCACCCAAGGAGUCUCCAUGGCUGAGCAGGGUUUCAGGAGGAGGAGGAGGAGAAGAAGAGAAGAAAAUGGGGAGAGAUUGUAUUCCAAAAAUUCUAGGUUUUCCAUUUAGUAGGGUAAACUUAAAAUUUUAGGUUUUUCAAUGCACUGACUUGGGAUACUUCUAUAUAGAUUAACUGGUCUGGUGGAGGAGGAGGAGAGGGGACAGCAGGAAGGCAAGGUGGGUUUACAUUUUAAUGAUCUGAAGGUUAACAUAGAUUAAAGUUAAUAUAAUCAGUUAAUAAAUAAAGUUAAUAAAAUAAAAUUCAGGUUUUCAAUAAA